CCUCAAGAUCUCCUCGUCAAAUUUCUUCAUGUUCCCAUUUCUUGCCUUGCUCGACAGCGAGCACGUCGACGAGGACCUCCUCGUCGCUGUCUCGCGUGUUGCCCCAGUUAUAGCCUCCAGAUUAACCCCGGGAAGCACACCUCGUUAUCUUCUUGUGGAAGAUAGUACGUCUACUGAUGUCAACCAAAUCAUCACCCACCUUGAUAAUGGCGCCGACAAGGCCAUCGUGCCUCUUUCUCUGGCCAAAAGUCUUCUUGUGACGGUGCCCGCUCAUCGAUUGCUCCUUCUCCUCGAUGUCGCCAACGUGAGCGCCGUCUCCGACUCUGUUCGCAACGCUGUAUCUGGCGUCUUGCUUAAAACAUCUGCUUCGAGUGGCUUCGGCCCCGAUCUAGACCUCAUUCGCACCGUAUCACGUUUCUUCAUCGGCGCAGCAGUACACGUAUUAGCACCUAGCCUUCCUUCACCCUCGAUCAUCAAAAAACUCGCAGCCAUCGGCGCAUCUGUAGUCAUUCCUUUCUCCCAACUCACUCUCGGCUCUACUUCCCAAAACGUGAUCAGUGUCGCAGAUGCCUUCCUUGCGCCGAUUGUCUCGGAUCGCUCUGAUGGACUUUUCCCAACAGUGGUAUCUUCUGAUCCCAAUGGGCAACGGUCUCUAGGUCUGGUAUAUUCAUCUCGUGAAUCAGUUGCCGAGUCGAUCCGCACAGGCAAAGGCGUGUAUCACUCCAGAAAGCAUGGCUUAUGGCGCAAAGGCGAGACCUCUGGGGCCACGCAGGACGUCGUGCGCAUCCGCGUAGACUGUGAUUCCGAUGCGCUCGAGUUUAGCGUCGUACAGCACGGCGCUGGUUUCUGUCACCUUAACCGCGCCUCGUGCUUCGGCGAUCUAGACGGACUCGCCGCUCUCCAGCGUACUUUGGCAUCGCGUUUAGUUGAUGCGCCUGAGGGCUCGUAUACUCGCAGGCUCUUUAAUGACGGGGAACUCCUGAGAUCAAAGAUCAUGGAGGAAGCCGAUGAACUUUGCCGUGCAAAGACGAAGGAGGAAGUGGCAUUCGAAGCCGCUGAUUUGAUCUACUUCACCCUGACGCGCUGUGUCGCUGCCGGGGUGAGUGUCAAGGACAUUGAGCGCUCACUUGACAAGAAGGCGAUGAAGAUCAGUCGAAGACCAGGAAACGCGAAGCCACAGUGGAUGCCGAAAACAGGGUCUUCCCAAGUAGAAUCAUCCAAGGCAGAAGCGCCUAGAGCAGCACCUUCCAGCAAGGCGCCUCUUGACCGAAAUGCACCCAUCCAAAUGCGGACCGUUGAUAUCUCUGCUGUAUCCCCCAAGGAGCGCGCAAAGCUUCUUAAGCGUCCCGUCCUCAGGUCCGAUGAGAUGAUUGCAAAGGUCAAGCCCAUAGUUGAUAACGUCCGUGCUCGCGGAGACUCCGCUCUACGCGAGCUCACCGCCAAAUUCGACAAGGCUCAACUGGAUACACCACUUCUCCUUCCGCCAUUCUACCCUCUCGCACCAGAAGCACAGCAGAUCGAUCCUGCUGUGCGUGAUGCCAUUGACGCUGCUUACAGCAACGUUUACAAAUUCCAUGCCGCUCAAAUUGAUGGUGCUCCACUUGUUGUGGAGACCAUGCCAGGGGUGACUUGCACCCGCUUUGCCCGCCCCAUCGCGCGGGUGGGUCUUUAUGUUCCAGGGGGCACUGCUGUUCUCCCUUCCACGGCACUUAUGUUAGGUGUCCCAGCCCAAGUCGCUGGCUGUGAAAAAAUCGUCAUUGCUACGCCACCCAGGGCUGAUGGGAGCAUCUCGCCGGAGGUACUUUAUGUUGCCCAUAAAGUGGGUGCGCACGCCAUCCUCAGAGCUGGCGGGGCUCAAGCAGUUGCUGCUUUGGCGUAUGGUACCGAGACCGUUCCAAAGGCCGACAAGAUUUUCGGGCCAGGAAAUCAGUGGGUUACGGCUGCGAAGAUGCUCGUACAAAAUGACACGGACGCAAUGGUGUCCAUAGAUAUGCCCGCUGGGCCAUCCGAGGUGCUGGUGAUUGCAGAUGAGACUUGUAACCCUGCUUUUGUCGCCGCGGACCUCCUUUCACAAGCUGAACACGGCAUCGAUUCUCAAGUUGUCUUGGUUGCUUCGUCUCUCCCGGAGACCAUGCUCGCGCAAGUCGAAGAAGAGGUGGAUAAACAAGCGCGUACCUUGGGUCGUGUCGAUAUCGUUCGCGAAAGCGUUGCAAAAAGUUUGAUCGUGAAAACGCAGAGUCCAGAGACUGCCCUGGAGUUUUCAAACGAUUACGCUCCUGAGCAUCUCAUUUUACACUUGAAGGACGCACUAAGUUGGGUCGACCAUGUGAAAAAUGCAGGCAGCGUGUUCGUGGGGCCAUACUCGCCAGAGAGUUGCGGAGACUACGCCUCUGGCACGAACCACACCCUUCCUACAAACGGAUAUGCACGCCAGUUCAGCGGCGUCAACACGCAGUCUUUCCAGAAGCACAUAACCUCGCAGGAGGUCACUAUGGAUGGACUGCAGACGUUGGGACCUAUCGUAGCGACGUUGGCAGACUGCGAAGGGCUGCAAGCUCACGCAAACGCAGUUCGUAUUCGGCUGGGCAUGUAGCGAGUUGUGGAAGGGGGUAAAUAGUAACAAGUGUAUCAAAAGGGUGGUGCUGCACGUCACAUGAAAAGAGGUAUUCUAUCAGGUCUUCUCCAGUUUUUGCAAAAAAUGUUGCGUUUGCACACGGUGUUGAUGUCAUCUAUACACCUGUUGUCGAUGAGAUCAAGACCUGGUACAAA